AAGUAAUGUAGAAUUUGUUAUUAUUUUAAAAUAAAAACUUUAUGAAAUAAUAUUAUAAAAUUGUUACGAUAUGGACUCUAUCAAAGCCUAGAAUAUAUUUUUCUGAAUAGCUAUGUUUAUAACAGCCAUUUCUAUACAUAUAGUCUUUUUAUUUUCUAUUUUUGAUAUAUAUUUUAAAUCGCCGAUAGUCAAAAAUGUAGUUGUAUAUGAACCGACUCACGUAGCUCCAGCUGAUCGGCUAGUUCUGUUUGUCGUGGAUGGACUAAGAGCUGAAUCAUUUGUCAAUUAUACGACAAUGCCAUACCUCAGAGAAGUAGCAAAUACAAAUGGAAGGUGGGGAAUAUCAAACACAAGAGUUCCUACAGAGUCACGUCCUGGUCAUGUGGCAAUAAUUGCAGGUUUCUAUGAAGAUCCUUCUGCAAUAGCGAAGGGUUGGAAAGAAAACCCAGUUGAUUUUGAUUCUGUUUUCAAUCAAACAUUAUUUACUUGGGCAUGGGGAACGUAUGACAUAUUAGAAAUAUUCACAAAAGGAGCCACAAAUCAUAUUAUCAUUGAUAAAUUUGAUCCCUAUGACCAGUCUUUUAGUUCAAAUAAAAAUACUACUCUUCUAGAUGAUUUGGUUUUCACAAAAGUUAAAUUAUUUUUUAAAAAAGCAAAAUAUGAUAACAUUCUUAGUGAAAAACUGAGAAGUAAGAAAAUAGUGUUUUUCCUGCACUUAUUAGGUACGGAUACAGCUGGACACACACACAAACCAAAAACACAAAACUUUCUGACAACUAUAAAGUUUGUAGAUGAGCAUAUAGAGGAAGUUGAAAGAUUAAUUAAAGACUUCUACAACAAUGAUGGUAGAACAACAUUUUUGAUGACAUCAGAUCAUGGCAUGACUGAUUGGGGUUCUCAUGGCACUGGAGAUAAUCAUGAAACUCAAACUCCUUAUGUUUUAUGGGGCUCUGGAGUGGAACAAAUUAAAGACAAAAAGAGUCAAUUAGACCUUAUGACUAAUUCAAUGUCUCUUGCACAUAGAUUUGAUAUAAAUCAAGCAGAUUUAACACCAUUGAUGUCUACUAUACUUUCAAUUCCUGUACCAGCUAAUUCUAUUGGUCAAGUACCUAUUGAACUCCUUAAUAUGACUUUGCAAGAUAAAGCCAAAGCUAGUUAUAGCAACUGCAGGCAGAUGAUAUCACAAUAUAAUAAAAAGAGAUUGGAUGUUGAAGCUAAUGCAGUUAAGUUAUUAUACAAACCUUUUAAAUUAUUUGAUGGUAACAAAGUGAAAGAAGUUAUAAACAUCAUGGAAAAAAUGUUAAAUGAUGAACAAUAUGAUAAAGUAAUAGGUUUAAGUGAAGAAAUUAUGCAUUUGAGCUUAAGCGGUCUAAAUUAUUAUCACAAUUAUUACCAAGUUCCAUUACUGAUCACAGUGACUCUUUCAUUUAUGGGUUGGAUACUGUAUUUGUUAAGAGUAAUAAUAAAGCAAAAAAUGUUUAUACAAGCAGACUUCUCUAACUAUAACAAUUUGUACAGACUAAAGAUUAGCAAAUUAAUAGAUACUAUAAUAAUAUAUGUUUCUACUAUCACAGUUGUGGUACUAUUUUUAAUAGUAUAUGUACAAAGUCUACCAAUGCAGUAUUAUAUUUAUUUCUUGAUGCCAAUCAUCCUUUGGAAAUUGGCGUUAGCGCCAUUUAAUUUAUGGCUGGAAACUUUAAGCAUGUUAAAAAAUAAUAAAAAGCUGAACAUGUUGGGUAUUGAGGUAUUAUGCUACGUUUUUGGAUCACUAUUAUUGGGGCUAGCAUUAACUCACAGAUGGGCAUUGAGUAUUCCACUUUUGGGCAUGAGUGUAUGGCCAUUCUUCUCAUCAUCGGUACAUUUAAACAAAUUAUUAAGUAUAGCAUGGACGAUUGGAUGCUUGCUACUUAGUAUUUUUUCAUUCAUGCCAGUAGUGGGGAAAGAUGUUUGGAUUGAGUUAGUUAUACUGGCUGCAUUGAUUUGGUUGGUUCUACAUAUGUUAUAUAUUAAGAAGUAUUUAUUCAAUGUUAAUUUUGAAAAUGAAUUGCUAAGGAGAGAGAUUAUAAUAACUAUUGGACAACAGAUUCUUCUCUUUAUUUCCUGCCUGGUUAUAUUUUUACAAUCAAAAAGGUUUGAAACAAAAGCACCACUUUCACAGAGCCUUCAUUUGUUAUGCUGGAUUAUAGCAGUGAUAUUACCCAUAGUACCAAUGUUUUAUUCAAAAAAAAUUGUGAACAGACUCAUGGGAAUUAAUGCUUCUAUACUUAAUUUUUAUUUACUAUUAUCAGUGGCUCAUGAAGGUUUAUUUAUGUUAACAUUAAUAAUAAAUGUUAAUUGUUGGAUGUUCAUUGAAUUUGAACUCCUUAAUGAACGAAAAAUUAAGAUUACUGAUUGUGACUUUGAAGUUGAUGUUAUUACACGUAGUGAAAAAGGUUUGGCUCCUAUUGGAAGGAGUAUAAAUAGUCACGACUUCAGAAGAGCUUUCUGUUUUACUUUAUACAUUAUUUUAGCGUACUUUGGCACUGGAAAUAUAGCCUCACUCAAUUCAUUCGAAGUGAGAUGGGUUCUGUGCUUUACUAGUUCAUUCCAGCCUUUUGUUAUUACAACAUUAAUUUUACUAAAGACAUUAUCUCCAUUCUUAUGUGUAGCUUGUACUUUUAGAGCAAUUCAACAUCUAACAAAGGCUCCAGUUGGUUAUUUAAAUAUGAUUGUGCUAAUCUUUUCAAACAUAAUGGGACUCUACAUGCUCUUCCAUGUUAAAAACACUGGAAGUUGGCUCGAGAUAGGCACAUCUAUAUCUCAGUUUGUCAUAGUCCAAGUUAUAACGCUAUUUAUUGUUUUGAUUAAUCAAAUUGCGAAAGUAUUAACCGAAAUAGAAGUAUUUAAUUUAAUAAACAAAGUUUUUAAAACAAGAAAGAAGAUUGUGUAAUGUUGCAGUGUAGUUUUAUAUGUAAGUACUUCAUACUAAUUAAAUGAUUAUGAGGUA